AUGCCUACUGGUUAUCACGCACCUGGUGUGGGUUUAAAAAUGGUAAAAACAGGAAACCAAUACAUAAGAAGUACAUGCUUUAUACAAUCCAGCAAUUAUUGCGCAAGGUGACAUAUUUGGAGAGACUAGAUCUCCCCCUUCCUCUUUUAAUUUUUUUUCUCUUCUCCUCCCUUUCUAUAAUAUAAUAUGGAACACGAGUGGCUACCCCUGUCGGGCUGAAUUUGAUAGUGCCACCUAGUAUAGAGUAUCUACGGAUUGUAGCUUCAGUUCUUUGUGUGUGCAGGGUAUCUAUGUAUGGGGACAUGGAUAGUGGGGGUGGGGAAUGGGUUCACCGAUGACCCUAUGUGCUUUUAUUCUGAACGUAACCUGCUGUGCUCUUGUUUCUGUCAUUUGUUCUCGUUUUCUUUAGGUGCGAGUCUGCAACAAACAGAAAGUAUUUCAGUACAAAUCCUUGGCACUGAAUAGCAGCAAGUGCCAGGAUCUGGCCAACUUUUACCUGGGGUUCAAUGGCUGGUCCAAGAGAAUAAUUGCAGUAAGUCCUUGUUAUUUGUGAGACGAUCUCCCUGCAGACAUGAUUCAGGGCAGUAUGAAAGCCGUAGAUCAAGUCUAGAUUGAGUACUGUUGUUAUCUAUUACUAUUUAUUAAUGUAACACUCUGGACACUAUAACAACUUCAGAGUAAAGUUGUUAUGGUGCCAGGAGUUCACUGGCACCGGCUUACCUUUAGAAGUUAAACCGUUUGUGAAAGUCUUCUCUCUAAUGCUGCUCUCAGAUUCUUCAAACAGGAAGCCUCGGACUGUCGCUUUCUUAUGGGAAAGCACCGGAUUGGCUGAAAUCAUCAAAUCUGAUGAUGUCAGCAAAGGAGGCAGAUCAAGGACAGGGCCAGACACGAGGAGCCCCACACUGCACUGGAAAAAGAUGAAUAAAUCACCUUUCUAACCCUGAGGUUAGCAGGGCCAACCACCUAAACAGUUAUUUUAGACCUAUAGUGUCAGGAAUACACAUUUGUGUUCCUGACACUAUGGUGCCCCUUUAAGUUAUGUCGCCUAGAGGUUCCCUUUUAAUGCUGCUGUUUUGCAUUAAUACUAUGAAGACGUAACAUUUUUGGAAUAGAUACAAUAAUGUUGUUGUAGUCUUGAAGAUAAAUUGUGUUUAUUGCAUGUCUUAUACGUCAGCUUUAUCUAAUAAGGAUACAGGGAUUCAUUGAUACUGCAACUGAAGCGGCAGAUUUUCCCAGGAGGAAGCUGUAUAAGUUAAACGCAGAAUAGUGUAAACUCAAAAUAUGUCGCUUCUUGGAAGAAUACACUUGAAAAACUUCAAUCAUAAAAUUUGAAUGAUUAUUUAAACAUUUCGAUUAUGGACAGGUCUCUUUUACUCUAUUAUCCUGCUUGAAAUUUAGUUAUUUUCCCACCUCUUUCGCACUUUUUUUUGUUUAUUCGUAUAAGGAAGACAUUGUUUUGGGAAAGGAAGGACUUCAAGAAUUCCCUUCAAGAAUUCUCCUGCACAUGAAAACACCCUAAAGAUUUUGGAGUGUUAGUUUUUUUACAUAGUCCACCGUAGUCUAAAUCAUGAAUGCAAAUGGGUGUAUUGUAUUGGUAUUUUUUCAUUUGUUAAAACAUUAAAGGGACACUAUAAUCACCAGAACAACUUUAGCUUAAUGAAGCAGCUUUGGUGUAAAGAUCAUGUCUCUGCGGUCUUCCUCCUCAAUUCUCUAUCAUUUAGGGGUUAAAUCACAUUGUAUGUGCAGCCCUAGUCACACCUCCCUUCAUGUGACUUACACAGCCUUCCUAAAUACUUCCUGUAAAGAAUCAUCUAAUGUUUAUCCUUCCUUUAUUGCACAGUCUGUUUAAUUUAGAAUUUUAUUUAUAUCCUGCUCUGUUUAUAGCUUGCUAGCUAGACCUUGCAGGAGCCUUCUGUAUGUGAUUACACUUCAAUUGACAGAGCAGGAGCUAAAACCUUGUAAAGCAAGUUAACAUCUGAUUGAAAAUGAAACAAUUGUUUUUUUUAUGCAGGGUGUGUCAGUCACAACUAGGGGAGGUGUGGUUAGGGCUGUAUAAACAGAAAGUAAAGUGAUUUAACUCCUAAAUCGCAGAGGAUUGAACAGUGAGGCUGCAGGGGCAUGCUCCAUAUACCAAACUACUUCAUUAAGCUGAAGUUGUUUUGGUGACUACAGUGUCCAUUUAAUGACAGAUCAAUGCAAUACUUAGACAAAAACCUUGUUCCACAUCUGUACACUCUACCUUCAGCUCCAGAAUAUCUCUGGCCUCCACGAACUAGAGGAUGAGUGUGAUACACAGGAGCAGAGGAAGGUGAGAUACAUGUGUGUUUUGGAAGUGAUGCUGCCUGGCUAUGAUGUCUGCAGCAGAGGAGUGGGGGUUGCUGAAGAAGACGUGGAGAAAUCAAACGGUAUGUUUAAUUGGUAAAGUAGGCUUUGCCUUUCCUUCAUGCAGGUGACCUGCUGGCACUUAGAUAGGCUUGGCUCAGUCAGAAGCAUUGUGUUCUAUAAAAAUUGCCAUUACUUUAAAUAAAAGAGAGAAAAUAUUUUAAUCGCAUUUCUUAUUCUUCGUUCAAAGGGAAAUACUGUUGCCAUCAAAUUUUUACUAAAUGGAGACCUAAUAAAAGCAUUUUCAAUUUUAGGCCGCUGUAGCUAAAUUCUGAAACGCAUAAACUUUUCCAUAUCAUUUAUUAUGACCUAAAACUUCCAGUUCCCUGUUCAAUUCUCAAUUUAUUUAAUAGCCCUGCAUGUGAUUGACCCAUUCUCCUCUUUCCAUUUACAAGUCAUUAACUAGUCUUUCAAAAUAGAAGGUCCGGUCACUCAAAGCUUCUUAUGAGAGGCAGGAUUUAAUAUGAACAACAAGCAGUAAAUGACAAGGUUUCAGCCAACAAUAGAUGUGGACAAGUCUUAAUUUAUUGGCCAAAACUUUGCAAUUUUCAGCUUGCGGUCCCUAUAAAGGUUUGCACUUUAUGAGAACAUUUGCGUGCUCCAACCUACUAUUUCGACUAUACAGUGGCACUUGUGGACUCUCCAAACCAGUGAUCGGGGGGUGCCUAUUCUUUUUUGGUGCACUGUGGGAACAAUGAGAGUAGUUCCCCUCUUCAUUAUAUGGCAUUAAGUAGCUUUUCAUUAAAUCCUGAAAUCCUAUCUUAAAAUAUUAUGUCCUCAAAUUGCAAUUAAAUUCAUGUAAUACAUCCAUGCCAUUAGUAGCUAGUCGUGUGAUAUUAACUCUCCCUGCCAAGCCAAUCUCAUUCUAGUUACCAUGGAAAUCAUUGCUUAACACAUCUUCCAAUUAGCACUUGUUCCAUAUAAUAUGCUUUGAUUAACCUAGCAAUGAAAAUGUUUUACAUUUUUCAGAUCCAAUGGAAUUUCUCAUGAAAAGUGGUAAACUGCAGAAAUACGCUGUUCAAAAAGCACUGUCUGAUGCUUUUCAUAAAAUACUCUUAGUGAUUUUUGGUAAGAUUUAUACGUUUAGCUGAAAGAAUGCAAUAUCUGUUAUUUUUGCAGCAGGUCAGAUCUAUUAUUUGAAAAAUACGUGGAAAAUAAAAUAUUCCUUUUUAAUUUUUAUGUUCCUAUUAGUCUGAUACGUGACCACAUUUCCCAUUCAAUCUUUACUGUUAUCUUGGUUUUGGGAAAGGUAGAGGUUUAACAUCUAAAUAAUAAAUCAUGCAUAUAUUGUAAUGCAGCCUAGAUUGUACAUCUGUUGUGCUUUGGUGAAGGAUAAAUAUUAUUUUUACGAAGUGAGAUGGAACUGCAUUUUUGUGAUCUCACUCUGGAUUUUUCUUCUAAUGGGAGAAACUGCUAUUUGGAAUUGACAUACCUAAAUAUUUUGCUAAAAAGGUCAAUUGAAAUGUACAGAUCGAAAAAAGAUAGAGAUACGGGACACGGGUAAGUGGGGAUGCGGGCACAGACUGGAAAGCACACCUACAGUCAAAGUGCUUUCGACUUGAGAAUUCCCAUGUCUGUUACAACUGUAUUCUCCAUCCAUACUUUUUUGUGUGUAGGACCAACUUUACAGUUUGAUAAGUGACUGUACCCUAUUAGAGGAAUGAAGCCAUAGAAUUGAACGUUUCCCAUUCCUCUAAUAACUACUAAUUCACUCUUUGACCUUCUUCCUUGGAAGCCCAUAGGGUAUGUCACUCCCAUCUAGCCAGGGUUAGAGGGACACCAUAGGCACCUCAACCACUACUGCUUGAUGAAGUGGUUCUGAGGCACAGAGCCUGUCCCUGCAGGCUGAGCAGUGUAAACACUGCCUUUUCCGAGAAAAAGCAGUGUUUACUUUCCUGCGUAACGCCACCUCUAGUGGCAGUAACUCAGACAGCAACUGGAGGGACGUCCUGGGUUUGGCUCUGCAUUGAGACACUGAGCACUCCCUAUAGCGAUGCAUUUCGAUGAGGAGAUGCUGAUUGCACUGCACUGUAACUUUCCAUGCAUGCACACUAGCCUCCCAGUGCUUUCCUACGGAGUGACGCGCCAGGGGAAAUAAAGUAGGUUUAAUAUCAUUGUGGAGAAGUGGAUAUCUAAAUAGUUAUUGCAACACUAUAGCGUUAGGAAUACAUUUGUAUUCCUAACGCCAUAGUGUUCCUUUUAAACAUCUGCAUUAAAAGUCGACGCAGAGUUAUUACCAUUACCUGGGCGUCCAGAUAUCAGUUUUACCUGUUCUGUGUCCUUUCUUGGUGACAUCAGUUAUUUUUAAACAAGUAGAUUAUAAAUGUGAACCUUGAUGUUGCAGAGCACUGGGCUGAUUGUCUGUAAGUCAGUUUAAAGAGUGGGAUGCAAAUUAUUUUUUUUCUCAGAGAGUGGAAAAGUGGCGGUGGAGCACGUGGCUUCCAGCAAUGAUCCUGUAGACUGUUUAACAGAAGAUGAGCUCCAGGGACUGAUCCAGGUAAUUUAAAUGAUGUUACGCCUUGUGCAUCAAUUUCUCAUACUCCGUAUGAGGGUCUGACUUAUCUAAACCUUAUUGCUUUAAAUGGUUUUUCCACACACUGUGACCAGUUCUGCUUUUUGAAAUGUCUUUAAACCCCUUUAAGGACCUAGUACGUCCGCGGCAAAUAUAUUAGUUACCCGAUCGCUGCCGUUUCCCCGCCGGCGAUCAGUGUUGCUCCUGCCUGACAGUCCCCCCUCUGCAAAUUAGGUCCCCGUAGGCCAUGUGAUCGCUCUGAAAGAGUGGUCACAUGGCCGCAAUAGGUGUCUUUGCAUCUGCCUGCAGGGGGACUGCCCGGGCUGUCAGGCAGUCUCCCUGCUGCUGAAAAGUAAUGUUUUAAUUUUUUUAAAUAAAAAAAUAAAUAAAAAAUAUGUGUGUGUGUAUAUGUAUGUGUAUAUAUAUUAUUUUAAUAUAAAAAUACUUAUUAUUUAUAUGUGUGUAAUUAAAUUAUAAGUAAAUAAAAUGUAAAUUAUAAAAAAAUUAUAUUAUGUAAUUUUAUUCUAACUGUAUUUUGAUAUAUAUAUAUCUAUAUCAAAAGACACUUAGAAUUAAAAUAUAUAUAUAUAUAUAUAUAUAUAUAUAUAUAUAUAUAAAUGAAUACAAAUAAUUUGAUAUAUAUACAUAAUUACAUAAAUAAUUUCAUAAAUAUACACGUAGACUGUGCAUAUUUAUGUAAUAUUUUUACAUAAUUAAGUAACUUUAUUGAUUGCAAUUUACCUGCCUGACCAGGGCCGGACUGGGAAAAAAAUUAGGCCCGGGCAUUUUUCAAUUAGAGCAGCCCCCCAAGGAGGGGGCAGGGCCAGAGAGGGUGUGUUUUGUCAUCACUAAUGACAAGUACGCCCCUUCUGAAAGUGAGCAUGUUGGUUCAAUGCACAGAGUCCCGCUGAAGAGCUCUAGCAUUAGAAAAAGGCCCUGUAUUUGUUCUGCGCAGCGCAAGCAAAUGUAAUAACAUGCUUGCGCUGUGUUUGCUUUUAAAUUGUCUCUGGUGUCUCCACAAGUGGGAUACCAGAGGACAAAAGGGCCAGGAAAGUGUAUGGUGCAUGUGUUUGGCGCAUGCUUGUGAGAUUGCCUGUGUGUAGAGUGUGGUGUGGUAUUGUGUAAAUAGGUGUAAUAUGUGUGGUGUAAUAUGUGUGGCUAGGGGCUGUAGAGAGUGCUUGUAUAGGGGCAUAGUGUUAUAGGGGAUGCAGCGAGUGUGUGCAUACGGGCAGUAGUGUGUGUGUAUAGGUGACGUAGUGUGUGUAGGGGUUGUAGAGAGGGUGUGUUUAGAGAAUGUUGUAUGUAUUUGCUUACAAGGAAUGUAGUGUGUGUGUAGGUGGUGCAGUGUGUGUGUAAGAGAUCUAGUGUGUAAAGGACCCAGAGUGUGUAUAGAAGUGUGUGUGUGUGUGUGUAGAGGAUUAAGAGUGCAUAUAGGGUAAGGGAUCUAGCGUGUAUCUGGAGCGUAAUGUGUGUAGUGGUGCACUGUGAGGGGCGCUGUAGUGUGUGUGUGUAUGUAUAUAUAUAUAUAUAUAUAUAUAUAUAUAAUAUAUAUAUAUAUAUUUGGACGUAUUGUAUGUGUGAGGUGCGCAGUGUGUUUGUGUAAGACGAGUGCUGUGUGUAAGGGUGUUUUUAUCUGCCGUCACAUUCUGGGUUUCUAAUUUUAUUUGUCUGUUAAGGGUUAUUUUAUAUAAUAUAUAUGUGCUGUAUAUGUGUGGGAGUGAGGGUGCUGUCUGUCUGAGGGUGGUGUGUGCGUCUGGGUGUGCUGUGUGUGUCUGUGGGUGCGCUGUGUGUGUCUGUGGGGUGCUGUGUGUGUCUGUGGGGUGCUGUGUGUGUGUCUGGGGGUGCGCUGUGUGUGUGUGUCUGGGGGUGCGCUGUGUGUGUGUGUCUGUGGGGUGCGCUGUGUGUGUCUGUGGGGGAGUGUUGUGUGUCUGUGAGGGGGCUGUGUGUGUCUGUGUCUGGGGGUGCUGUGUGUGUCUGUGGGGUGCUGUGUGUGUGUCUGUGGGGUGCUGUGUGUGUGUCUGUGGGUGCUGUGUGUGUCUGGGGGGGCUGUUAGGGAAAUUAUUUUAAAUAAUAGUAACCGCGGCAACGCUCAGAAUCCCGCGAGAGGACCCGGCGGAGCUGCUUGUUAGAGCUCUGUCGGUCCUCUCUCCUGCCUCCCUCCCUCCCCAGCCGGCGGCCGCAUCUCCCUGUCUGUGUGCUGGUGAGGGAGACCGGCCCACAGCAGGGCCGGCGCUCGGAUAGCGCUGGCCCUACAGCGGCCGGCCGGGGAGAUCCCCUGCCGGCCUCUGCCCCACGGCCAUCGCGGCCCACCGGGCAUUUGCCCGGUAUGCCCGAUGGCCAGUCCGGGCCUGUGCCUGACAACCCAGGCUGAAAGUCCACAGAAUUUAAUUUGCUAGCACUGUAUUUAACCCUGUAACUUCUUAUGACACCCUAAAACCUGUACAUGGGGGUUUUACUCGGGAGACUUUGCUGAACACAAAUAUUAGUGUUUCAAAACCGUAAAACAUAUCACAGCGAUGAUAUUGUCAGUGAAAGUUAUGUUUUUUUGCAUUUUUCACACACAAACAGCACUUUCACUGAUGAUAUCAUUGUUGUGAUACAUUGUACUGUUUUGAAACACUAGUAUCUGUGUUCAGCGAAGUCUCCCGAGUAUAACAGUACCCCCUAUGUACAGGUUUUAUUGUGUUUUUGAAAGUUACAGGGUCAAAUAUAAGGCUCUAUUUUCCAUUUUUUUCACAUUGAAAUUUGCCAGAUUGGUUAUGUUACCUUUGAGAGUGUAUGGUAGCCCAGGAAUGAGAAUUACCCCCAUGAUGGCAUACCAUUUGCAAAAGAAGACAACCCAAGGUAUUACAAAUGGGGCAUGUUCAGUCUUGUUUAGUAGCUACUUAGUCACAAACACUGGCCAAAAUUAGCAUUCAUAAUAGGGUUUUUUUGCAUUUUUUAACACACCAACAAAUAUAAAUGCUAACUUUGGCCAAUGUUUGUGACUAAGUGGCUACUAAAAAAGACUGGACGCCGGGAGGGAAAUAGGGACACCAUACGCACACACACACACACACACACACACACACACCCCCAACGUAAACCCUUCUCCCUACACAACGGCCACGGGAUCAUGGAACCCGGAAUGGCAAUGGGGCGCCCGCUGGGCCAUCAAACCUCCAGGAGACUGAAGCCGCUAGGACAAAAGGAACACAAGAGCCGGAAAACUCCACCUCACCCUGACCCAACCACGAGAGGGACCUAAACCCCCCCUCCCCCUCCCCUUUAUUUUUUUUUUCUUCUAUCUCCGCUAUCCCUAUCCUUAAUUCUCUUACUCCUCUUUUCUCUUCACUAUCUCUUCGUUCCUGGACUCUCAAGUCUAAGAAACGGAAGUGGGCCGAUAGAAAACAUAUUUGAAAACAAUACCUCUCCUGGAAACUGUUAAUUGUUAAUGGUAAAUUAAUAAAGUUAAGUAUACAGAAUGAAAAAACCUGAAGUCGUCAGUACGUAAGUAACCUCUCAGUUGCAAAGCAACACAACAAUGUAAAACAGAAAAUAUAUGUACUUACUUUACUGCUGCACGUAUUGCGUAUUUGUUUUUACAAAAUGUACAAUGUACCACACCGACUUACCAAAAAAAAAGAAUAAAAAGAAGAAAAAAAAAGACUGGACAUACCCCAUAUUGAAUACCCUGGGUUGUCUACAUAAAAAAAAAAAAAAUAUGUACAUGUGAGGUGUGAUUCAGAGAUUUGACAGUUAACAGUGUUACAAUGUCACUAUCGAUACAAUAUAUCUUUUGAAACAGCAAUGUACUUGUACUUACAGCCCUAUAACUUGCAAAAAAAAAAAAAAGGUAAGAACAUGUUAACAUUAGGUAUUUCUAAACUUAGGACAAAAUUUAGAAACUACCGGUAUUUAGCAUGGGUGUUUAUUGGCGGUUGUAGAUUCGUAACAGAUUUUGGGGGUAAAAGUUUAGAAAAAGCUUUUUUUUUAUUUUAAAUGUGUUCAUCUUAUUAUAUAAUUUUGUUAGAGUAAAUUAUAUGAUAUAAUGCAAAUAAUGGUAGCCUUAGAAAGACCAUUUAAUGGUGAGGAAAACUGUAUAUAAUAUGUGCUGGUACAGUAAAUGAGUAAGAGGAAAAUUACAGCUAAACACAAACCCCGCAGAAAUGUAAAAACAGCCCUGGUCCUUAACGGUAAGGAAAUUGAAAAACAGUCUGGUCACUAAAGGGUUGAUAAAAUUGUAAAAAUUACAAACUGCAUUACAAACUGCAUAACGUAGGCAAAUCAACUUCCACCUCCAAUGAUUCCUAUAUAGUUUUCAAACAAGUCAAAAUCAAUGUUGACUCAAAAUACCAAAAAACCUCUCAUGAUGCCUUCUCAUGGAAAUCAACAAGACUUCAUUGCUUCCCAUUCACACCAGGAACAGUUUGAGCCAUAGAGGGAUUUUGGAAAUGUAAUAUUAUUCAAUAUGUCAGCCCAUUAACAGGUUUAGCUAACCGGCAUAAGAUGACUAUACAACAGUUUGUUGUCUGGCAAAGUCAUAAGCAGAGUGUUCGCUGAGACUGAUGCAACAGAAAAAAAUGUGAUGCUUCCCCUUUAAACUAUCUCUUAAUUUCUUUGUAAUAUUGUGGUCAUGCUUCAAUAUUGAAUGUUUUAUUCCCUGCGAGCCAACACCUAACUGGACUAAUAGUGCAAUCUAAAUCUUUAUUCUUAAUAAAACACUUUGAUAGUAUUGCUCUUAUUAUUGCUUCUAAUCCCCUCUUUUCUUACAGAUAAACGACUUCACAUGGACCCAAAUAAAUAAAGACGGAGAGGAGGAAAGCUUGUCCGAACUCACUUUUUACGAGGAGACUAUGGCAGAUGACAUGUGACGUCUGAGACGUGUUUUGUAAAAUAUUGAUCUACUGUUUUGGUUCUCUAAAUAAAUAAGUUAUACAAUGUAUCUUUACAAUUUUUUAUAUUAAAUAUCUUGAGUCAAAC